AUGCUCGAGAAGGCUCAGAUCGAGCAAACCGAGGACAAGGACUCCAUCCUCAAGAUCGAACCAGAAGAGGAGAAGCGUCUCGUCAGGAAGCUCGACCUCAGGAUUUUGCCCAUCACUUGCUUUCUCUACCUCCUCGCAUAUCUGGAUAGAUCAAAUCUGGGAAAUGCGCGUCUUCAGGGUCUGCCUGCAGACGUACUCGGGGGCGACCCAACAGGCUUGCUCUUUGAAUGGGUCAACUCAGCGUUCUUCUUUUCUUAUAUUAUCUUCCAAGUACCAGCCACCGUCGUCUCAAAGCUCUUUCCACCAAGCUAUUGGAUGGCGGUGGCGGCAGCCGGUUGGGGCAUCUGCUCGACACUCGCAUCAACUGCGUUCAACUUCGGUGGCCUUAUAACCGUCCGUGUGGGCCUAGGUGUUUUCGAGGCAGCCUUCGGACCCUCAAUACCCCUGUACUACUCCUUCUUCUACACCCGCAAUGAGAUGGGUCUUCGUCUCGCAUACUGGUUUGGCUUCGCCGCCGUGGCAGGUGCCUUCGGCGGUCUGAUCGCCUAUGGCGUCCAACAAGCUGAAGUGCCCAUUGAAAACUGGCGUUUGCUCUUCAUCAUCGAGGGUAUCCCGGCCGUUCUCCUCGGCCUCCUCGCAGCCUUCGCCCUCCCCAACCGUCCUGAGGCGACAAAUUUCUUCAACGAGCGCGAGCGCGUCAUCGCCCUCGAACGUAUGAACCGUGGUACUCGUGCUGAUACUGGUGCUGUCAUCAACAAGGGCCACAUCAUCAAGGCUUUGAAAGACUGGAGGAUCUACACUUGCGGUAUCAUUUACUUUGGCGUCAACUGCGCUCUUGGCUCUCUUGGCGGCUUUUUGCCGACCAUCAUUGCGUCAUUUGGCUACACCAACGCCCGUGCGCAGCUGCUCACGGUACCUCCGUAUGCCGUCGCCGCCGUCUUCCUCACCGGCAUCUCGUGGUUCACCGACAGACUCCAGUCGCGCGGGCUCACCGUCGCGGGUUCGUGUGGGCUCGGCGCGCUGGGAUACUUGCUUCUCGUCGUGUCGCUGAACGACCACGUGCGGUACUUUGCGGUGUUCUGCAUCACCACGGGGACGUAUACCUCUAUUGGGAUUAUCAUCGCGUGGUUCGCGCACAAUCUAGGCUCAGAGACGAAGAAGGCGGCGGGCAUUCCCAUGUUCAUGGCUAUUGGCCAGGGCGGGAGUAUCCUUGGCUCGCAUAUCUACCCGACUACCGAUGCGCCACGAUACAUUCUCGGAAACGCUGUCUGCUGCGGGCUUGAGGGCCUCGCGAUGAUCCUCUCCAUUGUCCUUUACCUCUCCUUCAGGAUGGAGAACAACCGCCGGAACAGGAAGUACGGUGUGCCAAACCCCGACGACCCGGUCGACACCGCCGAGCUUGCCGACAAGGCGCCCAUGUUCCGGUACAUUCCUUGA